AUGUUGAAUGCCUCUUCUAAUAAUCAAGAACUGGAGAAAUUAUCAGGAUAUGAUUACGAAGUAUUUUUGAGCUUCAGAGGACCAGAUACCCGUAAUGAUAUUACCGAUUACCUUCACACCAGCAUGAUUGAUGCUGGAAUUCGGGCAUAUAUAGAUGAUGAAGAGCUCCGCAUUGGUGAAGAGAUUAGAGGCCAGCUUCUCCAAGCAAUUGAGCAGUCAAAGAUCUCAAUACCAAUCUUUUCCAAAGGAUAUGCAGACAGUACAUGGUGCCUUAGGGAGUUGGUCAAGAUGGUGGAGAGCAAGAACACAAGAACACAUAAGAUCAUGCCCAUUUUCUACAAUGUCGCACCAUCUGAGGUAAAAUACCAGACUGAUCACUACGGCAAUGCCAUUGUUUCUCAUGCAAACAAGAAGCAGUUCGAUGAUGAGACUAUCGACAAUUGGAAGGCUGCUCUCAAUGAGGUUGGAGCACUAAAGGGAUGGGACUUCCAAAGCAUGCCAAACAGGUAUUUGAUUAUAUCAUGGACGGUCUAG